GCCGGUUCUUUCUUAUGUUUUGGAGCAAUUGGAACUUAGUAAUCUCAAGGAUCUUAUUGUGGUUGUUGAAGGGCAAGAGGCAGCUCUUCGUGUUGGUGGUUGGAUAUCAGGUGCUUAUGUUGAUCGCUUACAUGUCGAGGCCCAGAGAAGGAGAAGGAAGGCCAGAAUACCAACAAAUGUUGAUUAAUGAAUUCAGCCGACUUGAGAGUAUCCAUUUUAUUUGGGAAUAUCGAGUGCCAAAGCCACUGUGCGAAGGGGAGGGGAAUAAACAUAUUUACUAAUAAGGCCUUAUAAUUACUAUUAUUAAGAUUGGUCAAUUUUAUCUUUUACUAAUUUAAUAGAAAAAUAAUAAAUCUAGAAAAGAAUUUGAUCACCUAUAAAGUUUCAAUGUUCUUUCGGUAAAAAUUUAAUAAUUAUUUUAUCAUUUAUUAUGUGAAACCUAAUGAGUCCAAUUAUUAUUAUUGUUAUUCAUGUGUAAAACACGUGAGUAAAAAACUAGUAACUAUGAAAAGGAAAAAGUUAUACUUUUGAUUACCACAAUUAAAAGCUAAAGGCAUGGUUAACGUGCAUUCAAUUGUUGAAUUAAAACAACUUUUUCUCAAAGUAAUGAAAUAUAUUUCCUUGUGUUACAUUUUCCUUAUAGGAUAUAUAUGUUAUUAUCAAGAUGCCAAUUUCGUCAUGUUUAGUUUUAGCACUGAGAAACUAUGACAGAGGUUGAAUACUCCAGAACUGAAGAAACUAAUUGCAUAGUUUUGCUUAUUAGGCAGGAUUCUUCUGGAGCUUUAUGGGGCAGCUUGUAACCAAAUGAUUUCAGGACAUUGUCAGAUUGGCAUUUAAAACUCUAUGUUUCUGGCUUUGAUCUUGAAGGAAUUAAAUCUCUAUUUCCUAAGUAUUAUCCUUUCCUUCCUAUUAUUGGGUACAGUUUGCAGCUGGGACUGAAUGAGCCUGCUGUGUGUGAGUCCUUACAUCUCGUCACUGGACUGUUAAGAUGACUGUUCUUGAUAUUGAGAACAGUUUACUAUGUUGGUUUAGAAAUAUCUUGAAUGCUUUGGUGAGUGCUAAAUUAAAUUCUGUAGCCAAAGUUUCUGGGAUAGUAGUUGUAAGUAGAAGAAAUUUUUUCUUGCCCUUUUUCCCAUGAAUAGGGUUAUAGGUACAGGCAUUUUAUCCUGCUCUACUUACAUCAGAAGUGCCCCACUUUGGCAGAUUCAACCAUGCUUUUGGGACCUCUAGCCUAGAUUUUUCUUUUACUCCAUUAUUAUGGAGCUGCUUCUUCUUCAGGCUUCAGAUUCUGCUGCUCUCGCAUUAUGGGCAUGGAAUUGGAAAAGCUGAGAUUGGAAUUCUUCCACGGAACUGCUGCUAGUGUUAUUAUUACUAUGCCUUUUUUCCACGUUGUCCAGUGUUUUGGCUAUUUCAAACAAGAAGAUAAGAAUAGGAAUUAAUAGAUAUAGGGCCUGUUGAUUGGUGGUUGAUAUUAACUAUUAAUGGCUAGCAGCUGAAAGCCAAAUUGCUGAUAGCUUAAAAUCUUAAAGCAUUUUAGUAUUACUUUUGAACAGCCAAGUUUGGAUUUUAGAAAGUCAACUUUGCUAGACUACUGGUUGGAGACCAAAGGUUAACUGUUGUCAUUCAACCACUCAUCCAAACAGCCGUUAAAGUAUUGGUUCUUAUACUAUGAAUUUUCAAGUUCGAAUUUUGCAUCUUAUUCUGACUUGGUUGCGACAAAGAGAAGUGGAAGCUUAUAAAGGAUGGUUGCUGCUGUUCCUGAGGAUGUUGGAACCGCUGGUGCUCUUCGGGCCAUUGCACACCAUUUGACUGCCAAGGAUAUUCUGGUUGUGAGUGGUGAUCUGGUUUCUGAUGUUCCUCCUGGUGCGGUUGCAGCUGCUCAUAGACGGCAUGAUGCAGUGGUAACUACUAUGCUCUGCUCUGCUCCUGUUGGUGGACCUGCCGAGUCGGGGUCCUCUUCUGCAAAAGAUAAAAUAAAGAAACCAAGACGAUACAACAUCAUUGGGCUUGACCAUUCAAAGCAGUUUUUAUUACAUAUUGCAACAGGAGCAGAAGUUGAGAAAGACAUUCUGAUUCAGAAGAAUAUUCUUCGUGCAGUUGGGCAGAUGGAAAUACGAUCUGAUCUUAUGGAUGCUCAUAUGUAUGCAUUUAAGAGAUCUGUUCUGCAAGAAGUAUUAAAUGAGAAGGACAGAUUUCAAAGCUUAAAACAGGAUGUACUGCCUUAUCUUGUCCGAAGUCAGCUGAGAUCAGAGGUAUUGUUGAAUGGUGUACCACAAGCAGAAGAAAAUGGAAAUGACAAGGUUAGUUCCCAGAACAACCAAGCAAUGGUAUCUCAAAUCCUGAUCAAUGCAUCUAUGCCGAGCUUUCAUGAACCUUAUGCAUUGGGUCAUCAUGAUUCUAGUACUCUCCGGAGAACUCAUAAAUGCUGUGCUUAUAUUGCAAGCAAUAGCAAAUACUGUGCUCGCUUAAAUUCUAUACAAGCAUUCAGUGAUAUAAACCGAGAUGUUAUAGGUGAGGCGAAUCAUCUCUCAGGCUAUUCGUUUUCUGCUCAUAACAACAUAAUCCAUCCUUCAGCACAGCUUGGAUCAAAAACUACAGUGGGGCCUCAUUGUAUGCUAGGAGAAGGUUCACAAAUGGGCGACAAGUGUAGUGUGAAGCGGUCAGUUAUUGGCCGUCACUGCCGGAUAGGUUCCAAUGUGAAGGUUGUUAAUUCAGUUAUCAUGAACCAUGUUACUGUUGGAGAUGGCUGCUCAAUUCAAGGCUCUGUCAUUUGCAGCAAUGUACAGCUCCAAGAGCGAGUUGUACUGAAAGACUGUCAGGUCGGGGCAGGUUUCGUGGUUACUGCAGGUUGCGAGUACAAGGGGGAGUCCUUGGCUAGAAAAGAGAAAUGAGUAAAUAAGGAAUGUAUUGCUAGGGAAUUGAAAUGCUAAUUUCAUGGGCAGAUCUCAUUUUUGCAACAUCAUAGGUCAGGAUAAAUUUUUUGGUAACUGCGGGCAACUGAAAGCCGGGUCAGACCUUGGCAAGGAAAGAUAAAUGCUGAAGCCGACGAGUGUACUAUUCAGUUCUAUCAUUUGUUUGUUUCUUUUUCUGUUCUUGGGGUGAGGGAUGGGGAAGUUAAUAUUGUUUCAAAUGUAUUUUUGUCUGACUGAAGAAGCAUAAUAGCUUAGGUUCAGUUUUGCCAUAUUACUGUAAAAGAUGUUCAAAUUUUACAGACUUGAAUAGAAAGGCCUUUUCAUUCUUAAUGAAUUUGGUUAUUUGUUUGCUUGUA